AUGGCCGGUCAGAAAUCCAAGCAGGCUAAGCCCGCCAAGGUGUCCAAGAGCAAGGAGACUCCUGCUCCUCCCGCUCAACUCGUCGCCGCGAUCAGCGCUUUCCUGAGCGAAUCUGGUCUCUCUAAGACCAAGGAAACUUUCGCAAAAGAACUUUCCAGCAAGUCGAUCGACUCUGAUGCGAAGAACGUCCCGUCCCUGCUCGAACUCUACCAGUCCUGGGAAAAAACCUCCGAGAAGUCCUCCGGUUCUAGCUCUUCGGACAGCGAGAGCGACAGUGAGAGUGAGAGUGGAAGCGAGAGUGAUAGCGAGAGCAGUGAUAGCAGCUCCGACGAGUCCAGCGAUUCUGAUGUCGAGAUGAACGACAAGUCCGAGUCCGACAGCGACAGCGACUCCGACGAGGAGGAGAAGAAGAAGCCCGCUGCCCCUGCUGCCAAGUCCCAGGGCACCAAGCGCAAGGCCGAGUCCAGCUCCUCCGAGUCCGAUUCCGAAUCUGAGUCUGAUGAGGCCCCGAAGUCGAAGAAGACCAAGGUGACCUCCGCCAAGGAGGAGUCUUCUGACUCGGACUCCUCUGACUCUGAGUCCGACUCUUCCUCUUCCUCUUCCGAGUCUGAAGUGUCCUCCGACUCCGACUCCUCUAGCGAUGACUCCAGCUCCUCUUCUGAGUCCGAUUCCGACUCCGACUCUGAUUCUGACUCUGACUCUUCUUCCGACGAGGAGGAUGACAAGAAGGCCGACAAGAAGGCCCUGAAGGCUGCUACCAAGACCCCUCUGCCUCCGUCCGACUCUAGCUCCAGCGGCUCUUCCUCGUCUUCUUCCUCCGACUCCGACUCCACCGGUACCGUCAGCAACUCCGACUCUGCCGCCAAAGAGCAGUCCCAGUCUGCCCAGACGUCCGCAUCCAGCAGCGCCAGCCCUGCUCCCGGCAACGCCCCCCAGAAGAAGAAGCACACCGGUGCUCGCCCCACUCCUCUGGCGCAGCUGAGUGAAGGUCCCACCGACCACCUCCUCUCGAACGACUACGUUCCCUACGCCUACGCCGAGAAGGCCUGGCAGGAUCUGUCGGUCACCCGCGGCAAGGGCUUCACCAAGGAGAAGAACAAGAAGAAGCGCGGCUCUUACCGUGGUGGUCCCAUCGACAUCUCGGGCGGCAAGUCUUUCAAGUUCGAUGACUAG